CGUCACUCUUGUUGACCUUUAAAUAAAAAACAGAAGAAGUUGUAUGUAUUUCCCACGUGAGGUGGUGUAGGAAGCUCGAGCUGUGCAGCUAGUGAGGUUCGCGGACUUUACGAGCGUUCGACUUAUAAGCUGAUUCAUGUGUGCGUGUGGUUGACACGUAACGCUGGCUGAGAGGCUGGUGGUGGACACGCGGAUUUCGAGGCCUUCCAGUCCAGGCAGCUUAAAAGACUUGUCGCGUGCUGUCGCGCUGCUCAGUCGAUGCCACACACCCUAUUAUGUUGUAUAGACACGCAGUCGCACGCCAGCAGUAUGAGUGCUUUUCUACAUAUGAUGUUAGUGCUCGCACACCUUUUACAUAGCCUGUACAUCGCAAUCCGCUAUGCGUGCGACGCAGCAUACGGGCGGUGUGCGGAGUACUGGCGCGCGGGCACCACGGCGGAGCUCAUUCGCACGCUAACUAAAAUGAAGAGGAUACCCAGACACCUGGUGAUCGUGUCCGGACUGGGCGAUGAGUCCGUCCUGGACUGCGUGCGUAUAAUUACAUGGAGCACUAUACUUGAUAUACCUUACAUCAGCUUCUUUGACCGUAAUGGUUUCUUUAAGAAAAAUGAAAUCAAUCUCAAAGAAGAACUUGCAAAACAGCGGCCUGACCUAGUAGAGUGUAUUAUUUGGAAUUCACCUGAAAAGGCACCUAGUCAAAAUGGAAUAAUUGGAAACAAGUCUAAGAUCUGUGUAUCGUUACUGUCGAAUACAGAUGGCAAAGGGAAAAUGGGAACGUUGGCGCAGUCACUGGCAAAAGCCAUAUCUACGGGGAACCUUGACCCGGAAGACAUUACGGACCUACUAAUCUCCGAAAAGUUACAAAUAAAAGGAAUGCCCGAUCCCGAUCUCGCUUUAAUAUACGGUAACACUUAUUCCACACAUGGUGUUCUACCAUGGCACACAAGAACAACAGAAUUUUUAAUGUUGCCGCUGUACGUUAAUAUCUCAGUGAAAGACUUCACGUAUUUAUUAGAGAGAUAUAGCAAAUGUAAACAACGGCACGGUAAAUGAUAUGUAAUUAACUUUAUUUAUACAAGGGGUACUACGUAUCUGCGUAAGAGGAAAUAAAUGAUCUUAGAGAUCGAG